AUGUCUCGCACACAGACUAUCUCUGCUCACAUUAUCGAGGCUCCAGCCCAUGCAAGGAACAAGAAGAGCUCCAUGACCGGCGGUGGUCGUGCUUGGCGAGAGGAUGAGGAGGCCUACCUUCUACGCACCCGUCUCCAAAAGAUGCCGUACAAGCACAUUGCCGCUCAUCUCAACAAGACUGAGCUUGCAUGCCGCCUGCACUAUCACCAGCUUUCGCACGGAAGCAGUCGCCGCAAGCGCACUGCCUCAAGUUCGUCCGGAUCUGACCAAUCCCCUAUCAUGCCCAACAUGACGCCAAGCCCCAACUACGAUCGCGCUUCACGAUCCGUCUCGCCUCCUCGCCGUCUCGAUGGACGUUUUGUUAUGACCCCGCCCCCCCAGCUCAACGAUGUACAGCUCCCCAGUAUCAUGACCAGCAGCUGUUCGCCGCGGGUACCUACCAUUCUACCCAAGCCAGCCUCCAUGGGCUUCAACUCGCGUGCCAGUUCGCCUCUUGGAUAUCCCCCAUCCAUGCACGACCCGCACGCACAGCUUCCUCCCGUAUCCUUCCACCGCGAGUCCUCGCUGCCUACCGCGCCGUCCUCGCUCCGUCUGGACCACAGCCUCCCCCUGCCCUCCACCUCGACGCACUCACCUGCUCACGUCGAUCUUAACCGCUUGCACUCUGUCUAUGCGGCCCAUCGCGACAGGUUUUGGGAUUUGGUUGCUGCCGAGUACGGCUCCUCGCUAGGCCCUGCUACACUGGAAAAGGCCUGGAAGAGUGGCCGUUGCUGCAGCCCAGCCUACGGUCCUCUCGCCAGCCCGAAGGAGGAUGAUAAGAUGAGCUUGAGCCAUGCCAUGGCCUCUCGUGACAAGACUAGGAUAUCAUCCCUCAUCUCUGCGGACUAG